AACGAAACCAAAAAACGAAACGAGGGACCACCGAACACCAUCCUGUUGUGUCGUGUCACCUGUGUUUCAGUUUCACUGUUUUGGUAAAAACAAGCCCUAAUCACAAAACGGAACCAAAAACCCAAUCUCAGUGACGAAGCACCAUGAGAGCCUUAUUCAGAACCUCAAAAUCACUCGCCACCAAUUUCUUGUUCAACGGAACAAAACCUGAAUUCGCACCAUGUAGAAAUCGAGCCUACAGUUUGAUCCCAAUGGUCAUUGAAACCUCUUCCAGAGGUGAAAGAGCCUACGAUAUCUUCUCUCGUCUUCUCAAGGAACGCAUCAUUUGCAUCAAUGGACCCAUAUCUGAUGACACCUCUCAUGUUGUUGUUGCUCAGCUUUUGUUUCUUGAAUCUGAAAACCCUUCCAAGCCUAUCAACAUGUACCUCAAUUCCCCUGGUGGUGCUGUUACUGCAGGGCUUGCAAUUUAUGAUACUAUGCAGUACAUUCGGUCUCCGAUCAACACAAUGUGUUUGGGGCAGGCUGCGUCAAUGGCUUCUCUCCUGUUGAGUGCGGGUGCCAAGGGUCAGAGGCGUUCUCUUCCGAAUGCUACAAUCAUGAUUCACCAGCCUUCUGGUGGAUACAGUGGCCAGGCAAAGGAUAUGCAAAUUCAUUCUGAUCAUAUUAAAAAAAUCUCGGAAGAGCUGAAUAAGUUGUACGCCAAGCACACGGGCCAACCGAUUGAUGAUAUUGAGAAGAAGAUGGAUAGAGAUCAUUUUAUGUCUGCUAGAGAGGCAAUGGAGUAUGGGAUUAUUGAUGAGGUUAUUGAUCAGAGACCUAUGACUUUGGUUUCUGAUGCUGUUGGCGAUGAAGGCAAAGAUAAAAGUUCAAAUUAGAAUUGGAGGGUAAGGUUUCUUUUAGUUGCAGUUGGUAUAAUUUUAUCAAUUGGACAUAAUCUUUGUAAGUUUCAGUUAUUAGAUUUUACAAUUCAGCUUCUGUCAUUCUUCUCAAUUCGGUUUUAUUGGCAUAUUUUUAUCACACAGAUUUUGAGCUUUAAGUACCCUUAUCUAGAAGUUGCUAAUUAUUCAUAAUAAUGUAAGAUGAAUUUUUCAGUACGUCUAUCUAGAAGUAUUUAUCUGAUUGCUAAAUUAUGUGUGAAAGUAAUGCUUAUAUAUCUUUGCGUUUGGUACUUGAAGCUCUCUUAGUUCCUAGUGCUUAUACUUCUAUCCUAUUAUUAGCAAUCAUCUGAAGAGACUGAGAGGAAUGGUUUGAUAUUCUGCUGAUGUGAUGCAUCGUAGUUUCUUGGUUUUGAAAUUGCUCGAGUAACAUCCAAUUUCAUAGUUGGAAGUUCAAGAUUGGGUUGUUGACUUGUUUCCCUCCUGGUUUGCGGACCCUUACAAAUUUAGAAUGGCAUGGUAGUUUGCCCAGAUUUUGGAAUACUUUCUUAUCAGUGGCAGAAAGUUUGAUCUUGUUGAGAACUUGAUGCAUUGACAUGAUUGCACAUUUCUGAACUAUGGUGUACAUGAGUAUUUGUAGGAGAAACUCAAAGAGGUGGGAGAUUUUAUUAAAAGAAGUUUUUUCUCUUGCUAUGUUGGUCAAAGCUCUGUAAUUUUUAUUUUCUUUUUGAAUUUAUCAUUUCCAGAUCUUAAAAUUCAGAGCUUAAAAUUUAUGUUCAUAGGAAUAAUUUUAAAAUACACAUCUAGAGUUUUGCAAUCUGGAUGCUUAGAAUAUAGAAACAACAUAACAUUCAUUCAUUCGAAAAGGAAAGUAUCAUGGAUCAAAUAUCAAGGAUCAGUUAAGCUAGUAGCAUUCUUGGAAGUUGACGUGGUUUUUUCAUCAUGUUCAACCAAGCAUGCCAUGAUUUCUUCAAUUGUCGCUAGAGGAAUCAAACUAGCCUUAAUAACAAGAAUACCUAUAUAUCCAACAUAAUGCCUAAUCUGAUUGGUCUCUUGAAAAGAUAUUGACUGAAUAUAGUGCUGGUGGAGGAUAUGGGCAUCGAAACGGUCUAGAAGGGGUUAAAUAGAUCAUUCUUCAGUUUUGCAAACAGAUGUGCAAAUUACAUCCUCCGAGACCAGUUUGAUACCAUGAGAGCAUAUAACAAAUGGAAGCAAAAGAUAGCAGUGGUUUUUAUAAACAUACGAUUAAAUGGACAAUACAGUUA